AUGGAAGCCGUGACGCACACCGUAAACCCAGGGAGCGAGGGAGCGUUCAACUCUGUCACGGAUGCGCUCAACGCCGCCUCCGUCGGUGACGUGGUUGCCUUGAAACCGGGCCUUUACGAGGAGUUGCUGAAGGUGUUCAAGGAGGUCACACUCGUGGCUGUACCAGAUGAUUCCGUCACGGAAAGUGAGGCUGUCGUUACGAAUGGUGUCGUGAUUGGCGCCAAUGCGACGCUACAGAGGCUGCAGAUUCGUGGAAGGAUCGAUGUCCGCAAGGGCCACGCCGUCAUUGAGGACUGUGACAUCCAUCACGGCGCUGACGGUGUUCGUGUUGGCGAAGGUGCGAAGCUGAGCAUUCGGCGUUCCCGUAUUCACCACUGUGAGUCUGGCGGGGACGGGAUAUACUUCUCCCCCGGCUCAUCCGGCGAGGUUGAGGACUGCGAUAUUUACGAGUGUCGUGUAAACGGCAUCCACGCCAACAACGCGAGCGUGGCGGUGGGCAACAGUCGUGUUCGCGACACCAUAUUUGGCGUGUACUACCGGGGACAAUCAACUGGGGCGGUGGAGAAAAACUCCAUUGAGCAUGUGCAGAAGUUCGGUAUCUACGUGUCGGAGGGGAGCGACCCAGUGGUGCAGGGGAAUCAGGUACGGGAGUGCGGGAUUCACUGCGGCUUCGUCUCCCAGGGCGGCAAGGGGAUAUGGACGGAGAACGGCUUCGAGGGAUCAAUGCACGUACAAGGCGGCUGUGACGCCAAGUUAGGACCCAAUCAAAUCAGCGGCAAGCUCGACGUGGACAGCGCUCCCGUUGUGGCGUAG